AUGGCAGUGUGUGAGAGGUUUGGGGAGGGAGAUCCAGAGGAGGCCAUAGAUGAAUUCAACAAGCUGAUGCAGACUGGGAGUGUCACUGAGUACCUAGAGAAGUUUGAACAACUGAAAUCUAUGGUAAUGUUAUCUCUUCCUGGUCAACUUGAUUCCUACUACAAAUUAUGCUUUCUUAGUGGCUUAAAAGAGGAAAUAGUAAGUAUGGUUAGGAUUACCAGGCCCCUCACCUUGGCAGACACCAUUGAAGCUGCUAAAUUACAGGAAAGGAACUUGGAAGCCAUUAGGAAAACACAAGGGAAGAUGAUGCACAAAUACUCACCCUCACCUAGUUCCCCACCUAUUAACAAACAGAAUUUCACUCCACAUACCAAAAUGAAGUGGCCUAACUUCCAAUAUAAGAAGCUAGAGCAUGUUUUCAGUCGAAAUGCCAAAACAGGAACUCAUGCAGUAGACCAGUUCAGAAAAAUCACCCCCUCUGAACUGAGUUACAGGAGAGAAAAAGGGUUGUGUUUUAAGUGUGCUAAACCGUAUACAUUGGGGCAUGUUUGCAAACAAGCUCACCUGAAUUACAUACUGAUAGAUGAUCCUUGGGGGGUAAGGGAGUCCUUAGAUGAACCAGGGAAGGAUACAGAAGAAUUCUGGGGAACUGAACAUAAGACCCUUAAGCUAAGAGGGAAGAUAGCAGGGAGAGAGAUCAUAAUUCUGGUAGAUAGUGGGAGUACUCACUGUUUUAUUGAUGAAAGGUUAGCAAAGACCAUACAACUACCAGCUAUUGGGAAUCCAUUGACAGUCAGGGUUGCCAAUGGUGAGCUGUUGGAAUCUAGGCAACUGCAAGGAGCCUUACAGUGGGAAAUGCAGGGAAACAAGUUCACACAUCAAUUUAAUACCUUGAAACUGGGAAGCUGUCACAUGGUUUUGGGAGUAGACUGGCUUGCCAGGUACAGCCCUAUUGAGUUUGAUUUCAAGCAACUCUCCAUGAGGUUCCUGCAAGGGAGUCAACCAGUGGAGCUGAAGGGGGAAGUCAGUGAGCUUAAGCUCAAAGCCAUCAGAGGGAGUAAACUAGCAAAAUGGAGGAGAAAGCAGGCAUAUGGGAUAACUGCCCAGCUGUAUGUGAUGGAGGAAGAAAAGGAGGACACUGAAGUAAUUCCAGCAGAGAUGAAGGAUUUGCUGAACAGGUUUGAAGGAGUGUUUGCUGAGCCCCAAGGCAUACCUCCAAGGAGGAGCCACGACAACAGCAUUCUAUUAAAAGAAGGAGCUACCCCAUUCCAAGUCAGGCCAUAUAGGUGCCUCUAUGUACAAAAGUCAGAAAUAAACAGGCAACUUAAUGAACUCACCUUGAAGGACAAAUUUCCUAUGCCAUUAAUAGAUGAGCUUCUUGAUGAAUCACAUGGCUCAAAAUACUUCACCAAGAUUGACUUGAGGGUUGGUUACCAUCAGAUCAGGGUCAAAGUGGAGGAUAUACACAAGACAACCUUUAGAACUCACCAAGGCCUUUAUGAGUUCAAGGUUAUGCCCUUUGGCCUGACAAACGCCCCAACAACAUUCCAGAGCCUCAUGAAUCACAUUUUCAGGGAUCAGUUGAGGAGGUAUGUCCUGUUUUUUUUUUAUGACAUACUGAUUUACAGUCCCUCUCUGGAAGUGCACCUGCAGCAGGUAGCAAAGGUGCUAAACAUAUUGCAGGAACACCAGCUGUAUGCCAAGAGGAGUAAAUGCUCCUUCACACAAACAGAGGUAGAAUACCUUGGCCACAUUAUCUCAGGAGAAGGAGUAAGGGCAGAUCCAAAAAAGGUGGAUAGUAUGUUAAAAUGGCCCAAAGCAGCUUCUGUUAAAGAGCUCAAAGGAUUUCUUAGUCUAACAGGAUAUUACAGAAAAUUUGUCAAGGGGUAUGGAGCUAUUGCAAAGCCUCUCACCAUAUUGCUGAAGAAUGAUGGAUUCCACUGGAGUACAUAA